UUCCACCUCUUUUCUGAAAGCCAACUUCUCCCAACUCCUCUUCUCUCUCUCUCUCUCUCGCGCGCAGCUCCCUCUCUGCUCUCUUUCACAAUUCUCUCUUCCCCGCUUUCUCUCUCCAUCGACCACCACCACUCUCUUUCUCUCUGUGUCACGAAAACCUAAGAAGCCCUCUCUCUUUCUCUCUCUGCAAUCGAUGUUAGGGUUUGUUGAGGGGGUUCUUGAAGGUGAAAGAGAGGGUUUCUUUGUUAAAUGCUCUCUCCCUUGAACAAUCUGUCAGUUCCCUCUCUUUUCAUGUCUUCAAUCGACGUCUUUCUCUUCUCCUCCGCUCCUUCAGGGCCUCAAAAAACCCUAAUUCUUGGUUUCGGUUCCGACUUAUUUCACAUACUUCCUCCUUAUUCUCAAUCUCUCACAGACAAAAUUCGUGCUUUUCUUUAGGUGUUUUUGGGAUUUCCAAUUCGGUUCUAUGCGCAAAAGGAGUGAUUCUAAGGUUGGCUAUCCAACAUUGGGUGCAUUUGCAGAGUUCGUCUCUGAAUUUGACAUGCCUAGUGGUUCAAGUUCAAAGAACAAAGAUGCAAGUGUUCUUGAGACUGGAGCCACUCCAGGUGUAAAAAUUGAUAUGGAGGCAAAAAUUGCAAGCUUUGAAGUGCCUGCAUUGGGAGUCAAUUCACAACUGCAAUUGGGUGCAAUGAACACAAUUGGGAUACACAACUAUCACAAUGCUGCAGUGGCUGCUCUGUCUGUUGUUGGACUGAAUGUUGGACUUGAUAUUGAAGACAUUCGUCCAAGUAUUGAAAAAUUAAGGGCACCACCUCAUCGUAUGCAAAUUGUAUGCAAGGAUAUCCAUGGAGUAACUUGGGUUGAUGACAGUAAGGCAACAAAUGUUGAAGCAACAUACGCAGGACUAAUGGGUCUAAAGAGACAAAAGUCUCUGAUUCUACUCGGGGGCCUUGCAAAGGGCACCCUGAAAAGUGGAAAGCCAGUUGCUGUGAAGACACUUUCUGCUCGGUCGAAGCAGGGGAGUCUCUGAAUUCUUAAAUGAGAUUAUUGCUAUAUCAAAUGUCAGGCAUCCAAACCUUGUUGAGUUGAUUGGGUGUUGUGUUCAAGGAGCUAAUUCUGGCCUUAUAUUUUGUAUCAGACAGACCAUGUAAUUAUUUAGUCCUCGUUGAAUGAAAUUGAGCACAAUUAUUUAGUUCCCCAUUGUUGAGGAAAAAUUACUAUAAAAUCUUUAUGUUUUGGUGUAGGGGUGUAAGAAUGCGAUUCCAGAGCGUCUUGUUCUUUUUUAAAGAGAUCACGUUAUAUACA